AUGGAUAUCAAGUAUUCUGCAUGUGAACAUUCAAUUCUUUCGGAUUCAAUUUUUUAUGAACCACAAAUGCAACCGCAGUCAUUGUCUGAGUUAGUGGAUGAAUUUUGUACCCCGAAAUCUAAGGUUCGUUUUUGCUACAAUUCAGUUGGAACUGCCCUUGUUAAAUCUAAUCCCACGGUGACUGAUCAAGUGCUGUAUUCCAAUUGUGCUUCCUCUGAUCAGGCUGACAACCAGAAAAAACAGUGUUUAAUUGAGCCUGAGGACCAAUGCAUGAAGGUAUAUCUGAGAGUGAGGCCCUUUUCACAAGUAGAAAUGGAAAAUAAUGAAUCUCAGGAUUGUGUGAUUUUAGAAAGUUCCGAGACUGUUGUGUUGAGAGCUCCCAAGCUUUCAUCCACCAUGAAAAAUAGUGAAAGGGGUAUUGGCCAAUCUGUACACAAGUUUACAUUCACUCAGAUCUUUGGGCAUCAAACCACCCAGAAGCAAUUCUUUGAUGGUACAAUAAAAAAUUUGGUUAAACAAUUCCUUAAAGGUCAGAACAGUUUAGUGUUUACUUAUGGAGUUACCAACGCUGGGAAAACCUACACAAUCCAAGGUACACCUAAAGAUGGUGGUAUUUUGCCAAGAUCACUGGAUAUGCUCUUUAAUCACGUAAAAGGAAGAUGGUAUAAAAGGAUGGAUUUAAAGCCAUUUACAUGCAAUGAGGUUUUGAAACUGGACAGUAAUCAAGUUUGGCAAGAAGAGCUUGUUAAAGCUAGUGUCCUUUCCAUGCUGAAAGAGGAGGUGGAAUAUCGCACCUUGAGGACCACAUGUCAGAGCAGCCUAAAAGGACUCUUCUCAACAAGUACAACCCCUGAAGCGUACUCUCUAUCCCCUGACAAAUUGGAAAGAGAGUCUGAAAUAGAGAAUGGUUUUAAUAGCGACACUGACCUCUGUGAUCAAGGACCAGUCAAAUAUUCAGUUUGGGUUUCAUUCUGUGAAAUUUACAAUGAAUAUGUCUAUGACCUAUUGGAGGCAAUACCAGCUUUAAAAACCCAGAAACGGCGAAACUUGCGAGUCUGUGAAGAUCAAAAUGGAAACUGUUAUGUUAAAGAACUAAAGUGGAUCCACGUCACUAGUGCUGAUGAGGCUAACAAGAUCCUAAAAGUUGGAAACAAAAAUCGAAGCUUGGCUUGCACCAAAUUGAACCAGCAAUCAAGCAGAAGCCACACAAUAUUCUCUGUUCGACUGAUGCAAAUGAAUGAUGAAGAUAAUGCCCAGGUUCUCAGGAUUUCAGAGUUAUCGUUGUGUGACUUGGCUGGGUCAGAACGUUGCGGUAAGACGCAAACAUUUGGAAACCGACUGAAGGAAGCAGGAAACAUCAAUAAUUCUCUCCUUAUCCUUGGCAAGUGUAUUGCUGGACUCAGGGAGAGACAGCACAAUAAAAUGAAAGCCAUUAUUGUCCCCUUCCGAGAGAGCAAACUGACUCGCCUUUUUCAAGGUUUCUUUUGUGACAAAGGCAAAGCUUGUAUGAUUAUUAACAUAAACCAAUGUGCAUCUACAUAUGAUGAAACUCUACAUGUAAUGAAAUUUUCAGGAAUUGCUAAACAGAUAGUUCAGAUAAUUCAACCAAAACUGGAACUAAUUAAUCCAACGACUAGAAAAGAGGACAGUAUGAUGGUAUGUAUGGAUCUCAGCAACACUCUCGCCACAGAAAAUAGCAUCUCUGGAGAUCUGUUACAUGAGGCAGACGAAGAGGAAUUGGAUGUCACUGCUUUAGGCUAUGAAGAAAUGCUGGACACGAUUGAAAAUCUAAAACAAAAACUGAUCGCUGAAAGGCAACACAAACUGCUUUUGGAAAUUCGGGUCCGUGAGGAGAUGGGGCAAGCUAUGUUUCAGCAGCUGAUGCACACGGAAGAAGUUUGGAGCGAACGCUUUGAAGAAUUAAAGGAGAACUAUGAUGAUCAAUUGGAGAGUAAACUUCACAUGUACAAAGAAUCAAUCAAGCGACAUGCAUAUAAAUGUGCUUUAGAAGAGAUUAAAGAUAAACAUGGUGCAGAGGAAACAUUUACUAUUCAAGGCAAAGUUAAGGAGCCAGAUUCAAAACUACUGGAAGAGAGCCUGAAUGAUUGCCAAAGCCAACUUGCUUAUGUGAAUUCACAAUCUCCAACUGGCCUGACCAAGGAAUUGGAACAAUUAAAGGAAGAAGUGCUGAAAACAAAAUCUCAGAUGACAAAUCUUCAACUCGAAGUGGCUGUAAACUGCCAAGAAGUAAACAAGUACAAGGAAUUGUAUGAGGCUAAAGCUGUGUCUGAGGAAUGGUUUGAGAAAUUAUCUCAUGAGAAUGAUCAGCUGAUCGACUCCUUGAAGAGGGAGAUUCAAGAUAUGCACUCGGCUCUGCAGGAGGCAGAAGAGAAUUAUCAGGAAGCUAAUAAGAAUGUGAAGGAACUGCAGUCCACAUUGGCAAAGCAGGAUCAAAUGCUUGCGGACAUUGAAAAAGAACGUGCUGACCAGAUUAAUGAGUUGCAAGCUACUGUUGUGAAACUUCAGGAAGAGCUAGCUCUGCGUAAGAGCCUAGACAUCACUGAAAAACCACCCAAAAAAAGGUUCUUCACCAACCUUGCUGGAUCCAAAUUGUCAGGUUGUUCGUCUAUUAAAAAGGAGGAGCUAAAACCAAUGAGCAGCUUCCAGACUGAUGGUUUGAUGUACACCAGAGAACUAAAUGCAAACAUCAAAAGCAAUAUUGCAGAACAAAUUUUCCAGUCUUGUGCAUUCCUAAGUUACUCAGAUGAUGAGGAAUUGUAA